GCCCCAGGGCUCAAGGUUGCAACCUGGUAGCUGGUGGCCUCGAGUACCGGGUCCCUAUCCCUGAACAGGAGGGUCCUGGGCCUGUGUCCUCCUCCAGAUAUUCCACAACCUCCAGUUUCCCCCGUUGUCCAGGGGCUCAGUGUCUCCUCCGCCCCCCAGCGAAGCCGAACCUCUCCGCCCAUGCUCAGUGACCAAUGGGCUGCGGCGUGCCCGCGCGGGGCGGAGCCCGGUCACCCGGAGGAGGCUGUGCCCGGACCCGGCGGCCAUGGCAGGUAGGACUCCCAGCGCGGGCGGGGACGGGGCAGAGGAGCAUGACCGCUGCAGCCCGUCGCUAUCUCGCUGCAGCUCCCGAGCCUCUGUCCCCUGCGGUCGCGGCCGAGGAGGCACCGGAGGAGGAUGAGGACGACGCGGAGGCCGAGGACCCCGAGCGCGGGGCGGGCAGCGGAGGGCGCAGCUGCAGCCUCGGUGGCAUUGGAGGCAGCACGGCCGGGUCUGGGCUGGCUCUCGGGGGCGCGCUCACGAGGCGAGCGGUCACGCUGCGGGUGCUGCUUAAAGACGAGCUGCUGGAGCCCGGCGAGGGGGUGCUUUCUAUCUACUACCUGGGCAGGAAGUUCAUUGGGGACCUGCAACCAGAUGGCAGGAUCCUGUGGCAGGAAACCGGACAAGUCUUCAACUCUCCCAGCGCCUGGGCAACACACUGCAAGAAGCUCGUCAACCCAGCCAAGAAGUCCGGUUGUGGCUGGGCAUCGGUGAAGUACAAGGGCCAGAAACUCGACCAGUACAAGGCUGCUUGGCUCCGCCGGCACCAGCUGCAUAUGCCGGUAGCUGCUGCUGAUGAGAGUCCCACCAGCGAAGGGGAGGAGGAGGAGCUUCUGUUGGAGGAGGAGGAAGAAGAUGUGCUGGCCGGGGUCUCAGCGGAGGACAAAGGCCGCAGACCCCCUGGGAAGGGCUCCUCGGAGCCAGAGGCCACGCCCCCUGGCAAGCGUGUAGACAAGGUCCAGGUACCAGUACGCUACUGUAUGCUGGGCAGUCGUGACUCUGCCAGGAACCCCCACACCCUGGUAGAAGUAACGUCCUUUGCUGCCAUCAACAAGUUCCAGCCAUUCAACGUAGCUGUUUCCAGUAACGUGCUGUUCCUCUUGGACUUCCACUGCCACCUGACUCGGAGUGAGGUCGUGGGCUACCUUGGCGGUCGCUGGGACAUCAACAAUCAGAUGCUGACCGUGCUGAGAGCCUUCCCCUGCAGGAGUCGGCUGGGGGAUGCUGAUACAGCGGCCACCGUUGAGGAGGAGAUCCACCAGGUGCUGUUCCUCCGAGGCCUGUCCCUAGUGGGCUGGUACCACAGCCACCCGCACAGCCCCGCAGCGCCCUCCCUGCAGGACAUUGAUGCACAGAUGGAGUACCAGCUGAGACUGCAAGGCUCCAGCAAUGGCUUCCAGCCCUGCCUGGCCCUGCUGUGCUCCCCGUACUAUUCCGGCAACCCAGGCCCUGAGUCCAAGAUCUGCCCUUUCUGGGUGAUGCCUCCCCCUGAGCAAAGGCCCAGUGACUACGGCAUCCCCAUGGACGUUGAAAUGGCCUAUGUCCAGGACAGCUUCCUGACCAACGAUGUCCUUCACGAGAUGGUGCUGCUGGCGGAGUUCUACAAGGGCGCCCCCGACCUCGUCAGGUUCCAGGAGCCUUGGAGCCCAGAGCACACCUACCUGGACAAGCUCAAGAUAUCACUGGCCAGCAGGACCCCAAAGGACCAGGGCAUGUGCCACGUGCUGGAGCAGGUCUGCAGCGUGCUCAAGCAGGGGAGCUGAGGCUGUGCAGGCCCUGCAGGCCCUGCAGUCCUGGGACAGGCUGGCUAAUAAAGUCUAAGUACCCACAC